UAAUUUGAGGGGAUAGGGUGUGUCUUUUAAGUGUUUGGACUGCAAAUCAAUGCAGCGUUCACGUCGUACGAGGUAGACGGAGAACUGCAAACCAGAUGGCAUUGUUUUCAAUGAGAGCGUACGGUAAAAAUGUCGUUGAGGCUGGUAGUGAAUACCGUCAGCCGGCACGGUAGACGGGACUUGCGGCCAAAUUGUUUUCUAACGGAUGUUGAUUUGCACUGAUGUAGUUCACUGAAAUCAACCAUAGCAACAUAUACGGUAACCCUCUAUAACGCUUUAUUUGUCCCUCUAUGCCGACAGGUAUGACGGACUUCGCGUGUCUCGUCUAAACUCAGCAUAUAUCACAUGAUCAUUUAUGUGAGAGGAUAGACCAAUGAGGAGCAGCAGUGAGUUUUUGAAAGGUGAUCAGUAACAUAAGAGAGGGAAACUCGCAGCGAAACGUGAAAAAGGUCCAUCGACCAUAUCACAUCAGAAGCAGUACAAGCUACUGUACAUGGAAAUAUAAAUACAUCAGUGACCGACAAUAUUCUCGAAAAGACAGGCCUGUUGUGAAAUUUCUAGAUUUUCCGUUACCAAAUCACGAAUACAAUAAUUUGGAACGAGCCACCUGAAGGUUGGCAUCAUGUCUCAGAAGCAGAUAUAUUACUCUGACAAAUAUGACGAUGAGAAAUUCGAGUAUAGGCACGUGAUGCUGCCCAAGGACAUUGCCAAGCGUGUGCCCAAGACCCAUCUGAUGUCAGAGACUGAGUGGAGGAACCUGGGUGUCCAGCAGAGUCAAGGCUGGAUACACUACAUGAUCCAUCAACCAGAGCCCCACAUCUUGCUUUUCCGUCGUCCUCUGCCUGCAGCCUGAUCUCAGACAGAGUGCACGAGAGAACACUCAUAGGGAAGAAGAUAAGAGUGGCUGGAGAUGGAUGAACACUUCAGUUGGAUGGAUGAAAAUACUAUUUUCCACAUGUGUAUCGUAUACAUUGCAGUGGAGCCAGAGUCAAGAUCUCCAACCCACCGUCCUCACUCACCGUAAAGCCUUUCACAUUUCCUAUGGACCUGGUUAGAACCCUUUCAUCCUUUUCUCUAUCUGUAUUUCUGUAAUCAUUCAAACUUUUGUAUUAGGACUAACUUGAUAAUGUUGUAUGUCUGGGAAGAAAAAUAAAAGCUGUGGUUGUGGCAACACUUGAAUUAUUCUAAACCUUACCUGCUGUGCGUUGACUAACAUGAUGCUAAUAUCUAUUUUAAGCUAUAUAGUAACUGUAAAAUGUAAGGGGGACAUUUUUGAAAGCGCAAAUGUGCAGGGAUUUUACCAAAAUGACUAUGAUCAAAUACCUGUUAUGGCACUUGAUUCAUCUUGUUUUGAAUACUGCAGAUUGUAUCAAGUGUAUGCACACCUACUCUGUACAAAUGAUGAUCGUACUCUGGACAUGUUUUAUCAAUUGUGACCAGCUAUUAUAAGUAACGCUGUUGACUGUCUGCAUUUUAGAGCUGUCAAAAUGGGGCCCAAGAGCUUUGACAUGUCUAUUAUUGUACAAAUCAGCUGCUCAGUAUUUAUGAAUUCUUGUACCCUGGAAAUAAAUGUUUUUUUAAUUUGUAAUUCUCACAGAUUAUGAUGUGGUUGUGAAUUACAAUUACAUUUAUAUAUAUAUAUAUCUCCUUAAAGUGGCACUAAUGGUACUGUCCCCACUACAAUAAAUACAUGUAAAUUGGUCCUUAAAACAUUUACAUUUGAAUUACUGUACAAUUCCAUUAACCCUCCUAUUGUGAUCAGCAGGGGUCUGGGACAGGGUACCAUGACCGGUGAAGUCAGGUCAGGGCUCCACAGAGUAAAUUGGAUCAGCAGCACGACUAGGUGAUCAGGAACAGACCGGAUUGGAAUCAUCAGACCAGGUUGUACUGAGGCACUGUCCAAGGGCUCUGGUCUGACAGGACAAAAAUAAUGAAAGAGGAGUUGGUGGCAGUAUGCCGAAGAUCACAGUAUACCAGAUAAGUCAGGCUGACCCUAACAACUUGGCACAUACAAGCUAUUGCAGCAUAAAUACUGAGAGAUGGGUUGGUUGACACUGGCCCUGUCCAAAGGUACCCAUGGAGUAUAAGCGCUAUAGUUAACACUUUUGAGCAGUUUCAUUAAGUGCUAGAUAUGUUUUAACAAAUGUCAAGGAAAUCAUAUCAAAAGUCAUAUGAAUAUUGAUUGUAUUGUGAACAGCAGAUACCAGAUGGAAUAUGUAUGUAUUCAAAGUGAUUCAGUGAAGUAAAUAAGGGACUUUGUUUUACCCAGACAAUUGAAAAUGUGAUUGGAGUUUUGAAACAUGAGACAUUUUGAUGAUCUGUUCAGAAUGGUAUGCUUAGAGUUGUGUAAAUGUACCAUUAACUUGUGAAUUGCAUCAGUGAUUGAAAAAAAAAGUUUCAUGUUUAGAGACCUUCCCUCUUGAACUGCAUUGUUGGUUUUAAGGGCUUGCAAGUAAGCAUUUCAUGGUAAGGUGUACACCUGUUGUAUUAGAUGCAUGUGGCAAAUAACAUUUGAUUUGAACUACCA